AUGGCAGCUCCUGCGACUCCAGCUCCUCUUCAUCCACCAUCUCCACCAUCGCACACACCAGCCGUCGACUUCACCCUUAUUGAACGACAGAAGGAGAACAUUCAGCCCCUGCGCAAUGGUCGCUCAGCCUCAGCGCUCCAAAGCGUAUUCUCAGCACCCAGACAAGAUCGCGCCGCCGCCUUGCAAGUCGGACGAGAGAAGCACGAGGAGGCCAUAUCUGCAGUGGAAGGGGCAGAAGCCGCAGACGGUUACGACGACCCCCUCGAACCAUAUGUACAGUUCGUGAAGUGGACUAUCGACAAUUAUCCAGCCGGGCAGACAGCGGACAGCGGUGUUAUCCCUCUGUUGGAGAGAACUGCACGUCGAUUUAAGGAUGAUCCUCGAUACAAGAGCGAUUUACGAUAUCUGAAAGUCUGGGUUACCUACGCGGGCUACGUUCACGACGCAAAGGUCAUCUAUCAACACCUUUUGGCCAACGAGAUUGGAACCUGCUAUGCCCUCCUUUACGAGGAGUAUGCAGGAGUCCUUGAGAAAGCUUCCAGUCGCGACAAGGCACACGAAAUAUUCCAGCUGGGAAUCGCCAGAAAGGCACAACCUCUCAAUCGCUUACCUUCUCGCUUUGCCGAAUUCCAGAAACGCAUGCUUCUUGCACCCGCUGAUCCAGUCCCAGUCGCUGUCGACCCUACGACGACCAAUGGAGCCUCUGCUGGGCGUCGCCAGGUCCUCGCUCCUCGUUCGUUAACUGCGGGAGCUCCCUUAGCGUCCAACGGUCCACCAACUAAUCAGGGGGUCAAAGGGAACCGCUCUUUGGCUGUGUUCGUCGAUGAAGAAAAUAUGGACCCUUCUCAUGAGAGUAAUGCAUGGCCAGACGUUGGGACCAAGGCAAGCCGUGUCAAGGAGAAUACACAAGCAUCUGGUCCUUGGAAGGGGGAAAAGCUGAAGAUGCGGGGACCAGCGAUCGCGGGACACGGUGCCACGCCCGCACGAAAGGUGGACGUAUAUCAGGAUGAAGAGGUUGUUCCGAAGACUCCGUCGCAUCCCCCUCCGGAAGACGUUUUCUCCCGUUCCCUGAAGCCAAGCGAGGAUCAGCUCCUGCGGCAAGAUCCAUUCAAGAACUUCUCGCCUACUCCCUCUCCUGCUGCUCGCCCUGCCCUUUUCACUUCCAUCUCGCAACCGAAAGCACGUGUCGAUUCGCGCCCUACGCAACCAGUGUCCGAGGGAUCCCACACCUUUCGCGAAACACGCAACCCGAAUAAACCAUUCGUUCCGCAGCAGGCAACGCGGAAGCUGGUGCCCGGCGUUUCGAAGUCGGGCAAAGGGGAAGCUAUCCGCAUUGAUCUUCUUCAGAUGUACAAGGACGGCGUCGAAUGGAGCCUGGAUGAAAUGCGCGCCCGUAGACGCGGAAUGCUCGGCAAGACCUGGGAAGAUGAACCUAUAUCCACCAUUUCGGACUCGAAAGAUGACAUUCUGGAGCCCCUGAAGGAUGAUCCUGAGUCUGCACCUAAAGAAGCCGAGCGUGAGCGGAUGACUAUGCGACUGGAUGCACCAACCGUCAAUACGCGAGCGGCGCUUGAUGACGUGUAUGGAUUGUUCAACACUUCUCCGGCGAAAUCCGAGCAGGAAGAGCCUCCCUCGCCUGCCCCCGUAACUCGAACACCUUCUUUGCCAUCUCAGCUGCCUCGCCUGAACGAGAACGCCACAGCUCGCAAACCAUCUGGUCCAUUCUCGGCUGCACGAACCCCCUUAACUGCGUUCAAUGCCCUGACUGCUGUUAUGGCGACGCCUACCCCCGCUCAAGGCAGUCUUGGCCGCUCAGCGAGUGGUAGGAGUCUUCUGGAGUUACACGCAGAGGAGCCACAGCCUGAGCCUGUGAAGACGCCUCGCAGGCCAUUGGAUAUAUUCACAGAUGCACCUGCUCCCAAUCAUCGUUCUGCCGUCAAAAGAACCCCAUUCGAAAUUUUCGUCGAUGAGAAUUCAGCAGCCCCCAAGACACCCGCCAGUGCCACUCCCGGUAACACACACAUUGUGCCGAAGUCGGAUAUCAAACCAUUCACCAUCUUCGUUGACCCGGAAGUGGACGCUUCUGACAAUCAGGCACCUCUGAAGUCUGACUCCCCUGCUGCACAAGAUGUAAAUACAACAACCCAGCCACUUGUCGAAAAUGAGCCGGUCAUAGGCGGUGCGUCAGAAGGACAGCCUCGCACCCCGCCAACUGUGCCAGGGCAAUUGAGACUCGACGAUAUUGUGGAGAAGCCGAAGAUGUUCUCUUUCAUCGAUGAAGCUGACUCAAAGAAUGUUGUGUCACAAGAACCUCACACUCCGAAACCCGCCUUUGUUCCUUUCAUCGACUCACCGGAGCAAGUUCCACACUCAUCCUCAACAGUCCAAUCGAGGUCUACAGCGAAAGCUCCCAAUGCCGGGCUGUCCAUGCCUCUCCGUCCAGAUUUGUCCCAACUUCGCACUGUGGUGGCUGCGCUGGAUGUCGAAGAACAAGAGCCACAGACCCCUUGGAGUGAAGAAGACGAAGAACGGUGGGUGGCAGAGCAGGACCGGCAGGCCCGCAGGAACGCGAGAUUGGGAAAUUUCAAUAUCAUGACGCCUAUCACAGAGCGCACCUGCGAGUUUACACAGAUGGGCAGCGUAGUAGGUCAGGAUGAUGAACCGGAUGAUGACGACGAGGAUAGGAGGAGCCCAUCCGUUUCUGGCCAACCCAAUACUGCACAAUGGUCAGAAUACGUGACUGCUGAAGAAAAAGUUGUCGGCGAAUUCGAACUCUCAAUUGCUGAUAAAGAGGCAUCCAUGCAACAAAUACCUGAACAAGUUGUGCAGGUUGCUGCAGCCCCCGAAGAUAUGGCUGCACAGAAGCUGGGCUUCCCUCCCAACCCGUGCAAUCCAUUCGACGGUGCAAUUCAAACAUUACUUUUCUCACGCCUACCACCACUGGAUGCUACAGAAGGAUUUCACGACCUCCGCAACUCAGAAGCAGACAAGUUGAAUGGUCUACAGAAGUAUGCUAAGAAGAUGGCUCGUAAGAGCGGGAAUACUACGACAGUACUUGCUGAAGAUCGAUACACGAUAUCACUUGGUAACGACUUAUACGACGUGAAAGAGAAGCUCGGGGAAGGCGGAUUUGGUUCGGUCUUCCUGGCACAGAUAGAGAGGGCAGAUAUCGAAGACGACGAAGAUGCCGACUUGCUGGAAGAUGAUGAAGACGAGCAUUUGGUUGCAGUCAAGGCUGAGCGUCCAUGCAACAUCUGGGAAGCUGUUGUCCUUCAGCGCAUUCUGUCGGCUCUUCCAGAACGACUGCGUGCUUCCGUCAUCCGGCCCAAGUCGCUGUACGCAUAUCAUGACGAAAGCUAUUUGAUCUUGGACUUCUGUCAGCAAGGAACGCUCCUAGACGCGGUUAACCAAUCAUCCAUGGCAAAUUCUGGUACAUCAAAUGUACCCGGGAUGGAUGAGCUACUGGCCAUGUUUUUCUGCAUUGAGCUGAUGCGCCUUGUCGAGGCACUCCAUACAACAGGAUUCAUUCACGGCGAUAUGAAGAUUGAUAACUGUCUAGUCAGGCUUGACGAGGUACCUGGAGGAGCGAGUUCUUGGUCCUCAUCUUAUAGCCGCAGCGGAAAUGGCGGCUGGUCGCACAAGGGUAUUCGAAUGAUAGACUUCGGGAGGUCUAUCGACAUCUCUGCUUUCCCCGCUGGACAGGAAUUUAUCGGUGACUGGCCAACCGAUGAGCGUGACUGCGUCGAGCUGAGGGAGAACCGUCCAUGGACAUAUCAGAUUGAUUAUUUUGGCCUUGCCAGCAUCGUAUAUUGCAUGCUAUUUGGCAAGUACAUCGAGACCGUAGAGGCCCCGAAGGAAGACGAUUCAACGCAGAAACGAUACAAGAUUGCCAACUCUCUGAAGCGGUACUGGCAAUGCGAUUUGUGGAAUCGCUUGUUUGAGCUACUCUUGAACCCCUGCCUCGUCCAUGAAGAUGGUAUGCUCCCCGUCACAAGAGAAUUAGCAGCAAUCCGAGAGGACAUGGAAACAUGGCUCGAGGCUAAUAGUGACAAGGCUGGGAAGAGCCUGAAGGGAAUGUUGAAGAAGGUGGAAUUGGCAGCGCUGGGGAAGAAGCGGAGAUAUUGAUACGAGUCUAGGC